AUGGAUUUCCCUGAACAGAAUGACUUCAACGAUGAGAGUAACCAAUUUCCUGAAAAUGUGAGCAUGGACAAUUACACCGAUAAUAACUGUGUUGAGGAGGAAGAGGACGAAGACGACCGGGAUUUUUAUCAGUGCUCGUUUUGUGGAAACCGCUACAACAGCAUCGGAGCCCUGAGGAACCAUAUGAGGAGGCACAUACUCUCACGCAGCAUCCCGCCCAGCUCUAACCCAUCCAAACAAAUCAAAGACGAAGACUCGAGCGACGUGGUAAUAUGUAGUUUAUGUGGAGAGACCUUUUCAAACGACCAGGACCUUGCCAGUCAUCAGGUUCUCCACAGCACGGAUCACACACAUGAUCUUGAACUCUCAGAUAACAAAGAGGCCAAGAAUCUCAUUUGUGGCCGCUGUGGCGUCUUAUGCACCAGCUACAAUCAUCUUGAAAGCCAUGCGUGUGAAGUCGUUGAUGUGGAGCCAACAACAGCGGCUGAAGAAGAAAUGAACGACACAAACACUGAAGCAGACACGAGCGUCGACAAAGAGGAGCGGCAGUUUAAGUGUGAGGAGUGCGGCCGCUCGUAUAGACACUCUGGCUCCCUGCUGAACCACAAGAAGUCCCACAAAACAGGGCUGUUCCGCUGCCAUGUGUGCCAGAAGAACUUCUACAAUCUGCUGGCUCUGAAAAGCCACCAGAGGUCCCACUUCGAUGUCAAAAGGUUCACGUGUAAUGAAUGCGGCAAAGCAUACAAAAUCCAGAAGCAGCUGCUGAAUCACCAGAAAAGACACAAAAAGGAAAAACUGGACCAAACUCCGACACAGAGCAAGAGGAGAAGGCCUGUAGCAGAGGUGUUGUUACCUGUCCAGGAUGUCCCUUUCAAGACCAACAGCAAAGAGCUCCCAGAGGCACAAUCUACAGACUCUCCAAUCAAAUCUGAGGACGGCAGUGACAAGCGGCCGUAUGCGUGCGACUUGUGUGGACGCACCUAUCGGCACGCAGGAAGUCUGAUCAACCACAAAAAGUCCCAUAAAACCGGUGAAUACGCCUGCACCGUCUGCAACAACUCCUACUCCAAUCAGCUCGCCAUGAAGAACCAUCUGCGCACCCACUUUGCUCUCGAAAAACAUUUUUGCUUGAAGUGCGGGAAGCGACUAAGAUCAAAGAAGCAGCUUUUAGUCCACGUUUGCUCGAAUCUUAAAAGGAGUCGGAAAGGAGUGAGAUCCAAGCGUGUGAAAGCAGUGGUCAGCAGCGUUCAAACCAAGCAACCGGCAGCAAAAGAGCCACGCCUCUUCACAUGUAACAUCUGUAACCGCAGCUACCGCCACGCCGGCAGCCUCCUCAACCACAAGAACACCCACAAGACGGGGCACUACACCUGCACCUUCUGCUCCAAGCACUUCCCCAACCUCCUCGCGCUGCGCAACCACACGCGCAUCCACACGCAGAAGAAGAAGUUUGUCUGCCUGACGUGUGGGAAGGCCUUCCGCGUGGCCAGCCUCCUGUUCAACCACCAGAAGAUCCACACACGCAGAAGUCCCAGCUGCAACGACUGCGGCGCCAGCUUCAGGGGACGCUCAGGGCUGCAGAGACACCAGUGUCCCCAAGGACCCCAAGGCCCUCAAGUCCCCCAGCAGAGCGGGCCCUCGGAGCCGCCGGCAGACAAGUGCUUCAAGUGUGACGUGUGCGGACGCUCGUACCGCCACGCCGGCUCCCUCCUCAACCACAAGAAAACUCACCCGGAGCUGCUGCACCACUGCUCCCUGUGCCUCCAGACCUUCCCAGACGCCCUGUCCCUGCACGCCCACUCCCAGAUCAACCGCCACUGCUGCCCCGUCUGCGGCAAGACCUUCUGCCUGCUACCCCACCUGGAGAGCCACAUGGAGGCCCACGGCAAGGGCCACAAGCGGCUCCUGGAUCAAAACGGCCUCUCGCUGCACCCAGACGGAAGCAGAGACGAGGAGAGGGCGGACGGCGAGGACAAGGUCUACGCCUGCGAGGACUGCGGCCGCACCUACCGCCACCCGGGCUCGCUCCUCAACCACAAGAACAGCCACAAGACGGGAAGCUUCUCCUGCGCCGUCUGCCACAAGGAGUUCACCAACCUCAUGGCGCUCAAGAACCACCGGCGCAUCCACACGGAGGCCAAGCGCUACCAGUGCGCGGACUGCGGCAAGGCGUUCCGCGUGGCCAGCCGCCUGGUGUGCCACAGACGCAUCCACACCCGAGAGAGACCCUUCGCCUGCUCCGUCUGCGACAAGAGCUUCACCAGUAAGUCCAACCUGAGGAACCAUCGGAGCGUGCACCAGGUGGACGUGGGCGGCUUCAUGGACCUGGACUUUGACGAGAAAAACCAGAGAUGGGCCGAGGCAGAGAUGGACCCAGAUCCAGUCUGUGUGCUCUGGGUGUCCUUUGGGUGUCCUCGGGGUGUCCUCAGGGUGUGUCUGGGUGUCCUUUGGGUGUCCUCAGGGUGUGUCUGGGUGUCCUUUGGGUGUCCUCAGGGUGUGCUCUGGGUGUGUCUGGGUGUCCUUAGGGUGUGUCAGGGUGUCCUUUGGGUGUCCUCUGGGUGUCCUCAGGAUGUGUCUGGGUGUCCUCUGGGUGUCCUCAGGGUGUGUCUGGGUGUCCUCAGGAUGUGUCUGGGUGUCCUCAGGGUGUGUCUGGGUGUCCUCAGGGUGUCCUCAGGGUGUGUUUGGGUGUCCUUAGGGUGUGUCUGGGUGUCCUUAGGGUGUCCUCUGGGUGUGUCUGGGUGUCCUCAGGGUGUGUCUGGGUGUCCUCAGGGUGUGUUUGGGUGUCCUCAGGGUGUGUCUGGGUGUCCUCUGGGUGUGUCUGGGUGUCCUCUGGGUGUCCUCUUUGACACAUGA